AACUCUAACUGAUACAACGUUUAAUGGGUAAGGGUAAUCAAGGUCGGAGCCAAUACAAGAAAGAAUAGACGAGAACUUCGGAUAAUCUGUGCUGAGCGGGGAUAAACCGAUCUUCAUUGUUCCGCGCAAGUCGUUACCAUUCUUGCGCUGAUGCUUCGUCCUCCUCGGUCCAUCAAUAAUUUGCACAAUCCAAAGGGUAGAUCCCCAUUGCAGGCAUCAAAGAACAAAACUCCCCACCAUUGCCGAAUAAGAGCACUUGCACACCUGGCAUCGUCCCAGGCCCCUGCAUUUGAUGCUGAUCCGGCUGAUCCAGCGUUACGUGGCUCCCUCGGCAUUAAUACGAAACAGCACAUUCGAAUGCUUGGUACGCGGCCCUGCUGCAGGGCUCACAUCUCCAACACGUACGUUCAACUGCGAAGCGAGACAAUGGAGUACGAGCGAGCGAGGGCAUAUCUCUCAAUCCCAAACAUGCUCAGCCCCCUGAGACCGCCAAUUGAUCAUCAAAUCGUGGCGUACACAUCAAUCGGCGGAUUGAGAUUGAAAAGGUGCAGGAUUGCGCAAGUAUGGCCAGGUGGAUAUUUUAAGAUCUACGGACCGUGAUUGACCUGUUACUGGUGCCUAAUCUAUUUCCAGCUUGAUUCAGGCUCCUUACGUGGCAUUUGAACAAAACCUAGUAUAUUAUUGAUUAUACUAUUGUGAAAUGUGAGCUGUUGAGGAAUGGAAGAUGGAAGCUACUCCCACUGCGUCUUCAGCAUUCGUCUUUCGCCGUUCCCACGCAGACC